AUGUCCAAAACAUUAUCAUUAAUACUUCAACCAUGCAGUAUUGGAUUUAUUAUUUUAGCCUUAAUUAUGGAUAAAUGGUAUUGUGGUCAAUUGUUAACUUCAUGUUUACAAAAUUAUCAAUCUGUCACAUUGAUGUUAAUGUUAUGCUUAUCAAUUGGUUUAGCAUUUCUAUUUGUUGCAUUUUCACUUGAUCUAGUGACAGUUUGUUCAAGAUCAUUAGAAAUCAAUCCAACUUAUGCAACAAUUCGUUUGGUUAUGUUACUUGUUGGUAUAGUUGGCAUAUUUUCUGGUCUAACCGUAUAUGCAGUGAAAUUAGACCAGAAUUAUUCUCAAUUAAUUUGUAUUAUUGGUAUUGUAUUAGCUGGUCAAGUUUCACUAUUGAAUUUCUUUUUAUAUCCUUGUUUUAAUGUUUAUCAACAAAGAAUCAUUGUUAAAUAA